AUGGCGAACUCCAAAUCCAACAGCUACCACCAAUAUAUCCCAGACCUGAGUCUACCCAGGUUUACCACCAUGGCCACUCAAGACGCUCACGUCUACGGCGAAGCGUUCAAGAAAAGCGGUAACCCACCCUGGAUACACGCACUGUGGCAGCACUGGCGCAAACUACUCAAAGAGCCCUUCAAAGGCGUAACGAGUGACGGAACCGUCCGCCCAAACCUCUUCCCCCUCCAAGACGAAGGCAUCCCCAUCGAAAAAAUCGUCUCAACAACCCAAUCGCUCCUCUCCCAACUCUCUCCCGACCAACAAUCAACCGUAUCCUACCACAUCGACUCCCCCGAGUGGCGAACCUGGUCGAACCCCGAAUUCCUCUUAUCCGACAAAGGCAUCCGUCUCGACGAACUCUCGCCCAAAAUCCGGGACAGCGUCCUCGCCGUCCUCCGCGCAACCCUCUCCCCAGAAGGCUACGACAAGGCCAUCGGCGCCAUGCGCAUCAACGGCUUCCUAGGCGAACUCGUCAAAUCCCCCGCCGUCAUGAACGAGUAUUCCUACAACUUCGUCCUGUUCGGCGAGCCCAGCACAACGGAACCAUGGGGUUUCUCCUUCUACGGCCACCACCUCUGCCUCAAUAUCUUUCUGUACAAGACCCAGAUCAUCGCCUCCCCGUGGUUCACGGGCGCCGAACCCAACGAGAUUGACGAGGGUCCCUAUGCAGGCACCCAGAUCCUCCAGGAAGAAGAGGUUCUGGGCCUGAAACUCAUGAAAUCCCUACCCGCCGAAAAACAGGCUAAAGCGCAAACGUUCAAGCUAAUGAAAGACCCGGCUAUGCCCAAAGGUCGCUGGAACCACGACGACCAGCGACACUUGUGCGGUGCGUACCGGGACAAUCGCAUCGUUCCGUACGAGGGAAUCUUAGUCAGCGACAUGACCUCUGAGCAACAGGAGCUGAUUAAAGGUAUUUUGAACCAGUACUUGCUGUACCUUCCCCAGACCGCCCGCGAGAUCAGAAUAAAACAUGCGGCGUCGUUCUUCCAUGAGACGUACUUCAGUUGGAUCGGUGGAUACGAGGAUGCGGAUCCAUUCUAUUACCGCGUUCAGUCUCCUGUCAUCCUGGUCGAGUUCGACCACCAUUCAGGAGUGUUUUUGAACAACAAGGAGCCUGCCAAGUUCCAUAUUCAUACCUUGUUGAGAACUCCCAACGGCGGGGACUAUGGUAUGGCUCUGCGGCCUCUCAUUCCGACCAUGGAUCAGAGUUUUGUGUGGGAGGGCGACAGAAAUUAG